AAGUUUGAACUAACACAAAUCCCUCGAGAGGAAAACAAACGAGCGGAUUGGCUAGCGAGAAUUGCGAGCUCGAAUGAUGGGAAGAUGGGAAGUUCUAUCACCACUAUGCACUUAGAGGGAAGCGUGUUGGGCAAAACGAUGGAAGUCGAGGAAAAAGACGACUGGAGAAAUUCAAUUCAUGAACUUCUGCAAGGCCGAGUACCUAUGGGGGAUAAGCAGGAGGCAGAAAGGGUUGCUCGAUAUCUAAGCAAAUACUUUGAAGUCGACGGGAUCAUGUUCAAAAAAUCUCUGGUCGGGCCUCACUUGCGAUGCGUCUCCGAAGGCGAAGGAAAUCAUGUCUUGAGAGAAAUACACGAAGGGUGUUGCGGAGCACAUGUAGGAUCACGGGCCUUGGCAGGCAAAGCCCUGCGAGCAGGAUACUAUUGGCCCAAGAUGCGAGCGAUGGCAGAACAGCUGGUUCAGAAAUGCGAAAAAUGUCAACGACAUGGGCAAAUCACGCACAUCCCCGCCGAAUACAUGACGACCAUAAACACCCUGAUCCCCUUCGCGCAAUGGGGAAUCGACUUGGUAGGACCACUACCGAUGGGAACAGGGCAGAGGAAAUUCUUAGUAGUCGCUGUCGACUAUUUUACCAAGUGGGUCGAAGCGGAACCGUUGGCGAAAAUUACGGAGGAGAAAAUGAUCCAAUUCCUGUUUAACAAUAUCUGUUGUCGAUUCGGAGUCCCAAAAGUGCUAAUUUCUGAUAAUGGAACUCAGUUCCAGGGGAAACGAAUUCAGGCAUGGUGCCUCGACAUGGGAAUAAAACAAAGGUUCGCCUCGGUCGCACACCCCCAGGCAAAUGGGCAGGUCGAA